AUGGCAAUGUUCCUGCCACUUUUAGUGGCCGUUUGGUGGGCGUGCCCUGCACAGGCUGGCCCAAUCAAUCUGGAUCUCCUCAAUUUUUUUGAGCUGCAGCUUAUUCAGUCCCAAUUCGAGUGUCGCGAUGGCUUUUCGCUCAACAGCCUGAACCGCCGCAAGCUGAAUCGAUUUGUCGCGCAGUUCAAGGAGGUUCUGGUUGAGGAGUGCAACAUCCAGGCGUGUGGUAUCAAGCUUGAUACGCGUUUUGAUCUGGACGUGAGUGGCAGCCAAUUCGAGGUUGACUUGACCGAUGGCAAUUUGGAGACACUCAUCGCCACGUGCCUGAGCUAUAAGGAGGUUGAGCUGAUGGGCUGCAACGUGGCUGCGAUUGAAGCGUCAACCAUGUCCACAACGACUAGCACCAGCACGACUAGCACAACCACUACUACCACCAGCACAACAAGCACGAGCACGACGUACUUGGACGCGUGCCUGGAAGCAGCACACGUACAGGAAGCAUCCUUUGAAGGCUACCGACAGGCAAGAGGCAGCCGAAUCGUGCAUGCCAAUGACCGGGUGUGGGCAGGUGCAUGGGAUUCAAGUGCCAUGAUUGUGCCUUGGGGCUUCUUCACUCCCGAGCUGGGCCGCCGAGGCGAUGGGGAGCAUGCAAUGGUGCUCUUUGGAAUGGAAGCGGACGUGUCGCAGACAACACGUCUUCAAUGGACAGGCGGCGUCACAUAUGAGGUGUCAUUGGCACUCGGUCUAGGAUCAGGCUAUUACGAUAACGAAUUGACCUUUGGCUUACGGGAUGGCGAGGGCAACGUGGUUGUCUCGAGGACGGUAUCGUCUGCCAACAUGAGCAGCAGUUCCUUUGUGACCGGCAAUCGACAGCGUGAGCGUUUGCAUCUCAAAUGUGGCGACCUCGACGACCUCGACCUCGACGACAUCCACAACGUCGACAUCCACAACAUCAACAUCCACAACAUCAACAUCCACAACGUCGACAUCCACAACAUCGACGUCCACCACUCAGACGCAGACGACGGGUUCGACAUCGACCCCAACAACGCCAGUUACCACAACCACCACCACCUCGACCACUUCUACAACAACUAG